AGCUGGUGGGAGAGGGAUAACGCAGCACUGAAACCUUAGCACUUAUGCAGCUUCUCUUUGUUACUCUGUGCAAUCUUUAAUUUGCGUGGAAUUACUGAAAUAGCGUCAAAAACUGCACACACAUCGAGGAUACUGCAUAACAAGUUGAUUUUGGCUUGAACUGAAGCACAUCAUGCAGGCUACAAGUGAGAAUGUUUGGGCUGAUUCAGCUCCCCAGCGACUGUCCUGGAGUGGCCUGGUGCAGAAACUGAGCAGCAGUAACAGCAUUGACUCUGAUUCUGACCACAGUGGCACAGAUGAUGGAUCAGACACUGGCUCUGUAUCUCUUCCUGACUUGUCAGCUCUUGAUGCUGACAUGUUCUAUGACCCAAUGGAGGAGAAUGUCUGUAAAGAAGUUGUGCAGCAGAUUGCUCUUUGUUUGACUGAAGCCAAAGACUACACAUUACACUGCUCCAAACUCCUCAUUCCUAUCAAGCUCCUGGAGCACAUAGGGAGUGAACUGGUGCAGCUGGCAGCGAGUGAACCAUGUGGUCUGCGGGGAGCGCUCAUCGACCUGUGUGUGCAGCAGGGUGAGACGUUUCAAAACGCUGGUCAGAUCGCGGCAGACCCCUGUGUCGUACCCACCUUCCAGCUCACGCUGGUCCUCAGACCUGAGUCGGAGGGCAUCUGGCCAAAGAUUCAAGGAUUGUUUGCGUCAAAGUCGUCUCAUUCUACGAGACGUGUACUUAAACUAAGCACUGGAUUCAGAGUGAUUAAAAGGAAACUGUAUAGCUCAGAAGAGCUGCUUAUAGAAGAGUGUUGAGAGACUAGAUGUCUUAAGCAUCCAUCAUGUUGAAGGAUGAGUCUCUUGGUAUCUGAUCAGAAAAUCGCCCUUAACCGAGGACUUAAGUGGCAUUGCUGUGUAAUGACUGCCUUUGGCAAUACAUUUUGUAUGUGACCUUAAGGAAGAUAUUACCACACUAUUUCUCUACAUGCUUUGUCACCAGGGUGUUUAUAUGAAAAACAAAAGGUACAAAUGUAAGCAAUUUUGUCUUCAAGACUGUAUACACGUUUAAAAAAAAAAAACUGACUUCUUAUAUUGCACUUCUUUCUGGCAGUUUUCAAACCUGUCAAGUACUGUUAACUGCUUUGGAAUGUUUACCUCAGUUUUUAAAGAAACUGACUGUGGCAGCUAUCAUUGUUACAAACUAGAUUUACCUGCAUUAAAUUUUUUUAUUAAGCAAGUGCCAUUUCAUGAACAUAUGAGUUUGAUCCUCAGUUUGAAUGGUCCACCUUUUUUAUUUUUUUUAUGCCUUUACCAUGCAUAUUCUGUGCAUCAUUAUUUAUUUGAUAUUCAAAUACUGUUACGUACACGUUUAAGGAAACACAAAAAUAAAUUAUAAAAAAAAAAA